AUGGCAUCACGCUGGGCAAACGACGAAGCAGACAAGGCCGAAGAGCUUCGUCGAAAGAAGGAAAAAGAAGAGAAGAAGCGUCUAAAACUUCAAAAACAACAAGAGGCAGAGGCGGCAGCACGCGCAGCGCAAGAAACAGAAUCGCGGCCGGCGAAGCGUCGACGACUGUCGGCAGGCGAAGAUGAUGAAGCAGACGCCAAACCAAGAGAAGCCCAAGAAGAAAGAAAACUACUGCGCUUCGAAGGCGGAGGCUGGACUUCCUGUCGCCACACAUCCAACUUUGAAACCUUGAACCAGAUCGAAGAAGGGUCCUACGGCUGGGUAUCACGAGCACGCGACAUAACCUCGGAUACGGUCGUGGCUCUGAAAAAAGUCAAAAUGGACUAUAACCAAGACGGGUUUCCCAUUACCGCAUUACGCGAAAUCUCGAUUCUCCAGCGCUGCCGCCACGCCAACAUUGUCAAUCUCCAUGAGAUACUCGCAGGAGACGAUCCUCAAGAAUGCGUCUUGGUCAUGGAGUUCCUGGAACACGAUCUCAAGACGUUGCAGGAAGACAUGAGCGAGCCGUUCAUGGCAUCAGAGGUCAAGACGCUACUACGGCAAUUGGUAUCUGGCGUGGGGUACUUGCACGAGAACUUCAUCAUGCACCGGGAUCUCAAGACGUCGAACAUUCUGCUCAACAAUCGGGGGCAGCUCAAGAUUGCCGACUUUGGCAUGGCGCGAUAUGUUCCGCCUUCCAACGCGCCUCUCACACAGCUGGUAGUAACGCUCUGGUACCGCGCGCCAGAACUGCUGCUAGGCACGCGUGACUACGGCACAGAAGUCGACAUGUGGAGCGUAGGCUGCAUAUUCAGCGAACUACUUGCCAAGGAGCCGUUGCUGCAAGGCAAGAAUGAAGUCGACGAGCUCUCACUCAUCUUCUCCCUCUGCGGCCUGCCGUCUGAGAAAACAUGGCCGCAAUUCUACCGGCUGCCCAAUGCAAAGAGCUUGAAACUGCCCCGAGAGCACAGGAACACCCCUGCUUUCAAUCGUGCCAAGUUCCCCUUUCUCACGGCCUCGGGUAUCGACUUGCUCUCAUCGUUGCUCUCGCUCAACCCGGAGCAUAGACCCACGGCGAACGAGGUCCUGGCACACGCUUACUUCAAGGAGCAGCCAAAGCCCAAACCAGCGGAAAUGUUUCCUACAUUCCCGAGUAAGGCGGGGCAGGAGAGGAGGCGAAAGAAGAGUCCGAAUGCGCCCAAGAGAGGCGAGGCGCCAGGCAUGCAGGGCAAUCUGGACUUUAGCAGUAUUUUCAGAGGAAGAGAAGACGAGGAAAAGGGCGCAGGAUUUCAGUUGAAGAUGACUUGA